GAGCGAAAGCGCUUGCGUCUUAAAUCAGAAAACGAUCUUUACUAAUUCUUUCGAAGCAUAUAGUCUGCCGUUGGUUGUCGGACCGUUCAGUUUAGAAAUUCCGAAAGUUUCGUUGAUCGCGACACUCUCACUUCCUCUUUUUAAUUUCUCCUUAAAGUAUACCAACAAAUAAUACAUAAAAAUGGGUGAUGAUGAGGCAAAGAAGGCAAAGCAAGCCGAAAUCGAGCGCAAGCGUGCUGAAGUACGCAAGCGUAUGGAAGAAGCUUCCAAGGCUAAGAAGGCCAAGAAGGGUUUCAUGACCCCAGAAAGAAAGAAGAAGCUCCGAUUGUUGCUCCGUAAAAAAGCUGCUGAGGAAUUGAAGAAAGAACAAGAACGCAAGGCAGCCGAACGUAGGCGUAUCAUUGAGGAAAGAUGUGGUAGCCCCAGAAAUCUUAGCGAUGCCAGCGAAGAAACCAUUAGGAAAAUCGCUAAAGAGUAUCACGAAUUGAUUCGAAAAUUGGAAGACCAAAAAUACGAUCUUGAAUACGAUGUUAGAAGAAGAGACUUCGAGAUCAGCGAUCUCAAUGCCCAGGUUAACGAUCUUCGUGGUAAAUUCGUCAAACCAGCUUUGAAGAAGGUCUCCAAAUACGAGAACAAAUUCGCCAAAUUGCAGAAGAAGGCAGCAGAAUUCAACUUCCGUAAUCAACUUAAGGUUGUCAAGAAGAAGGAAUUCACAUUGGAAGAAGAGGAGAAGGAGAAAGCUAAAGUAAAAGAUCUAAAAUUAGGGGCUGCUGCUAAAAAGUAAAAAACCCGACUGGUCCAAGGGCAAACCCGGUGAUGCUAAGGCUAAGGAAGAAGUUGAGGUUGAAGCCUAAGCGUGCUCCCGCCUAAUUAUAAUUUUAAGAAUAUAUACAAAUAUAUUUUUUAAAGUAAUUUUCUUUCCUAAAAAAUAUGUAAAUUGUUUUUCUUUUUUUAAUUUAAACAUACACAAUCCAGAUAACAAAAAAUAUAAAAUUACACAAGAUGUCACACACACACAGACAAAAUAAGGAAAAGAUAUUGUAAUACAGAUGUAAAAAAAUAAAAAAAAAUAUUAAACAAAAAUUAAACAUCA